AAACGAAAGUAGAAUCUUUAUUUCAGGACUGGACGAUGGGCGUUUCUGACAGUUCAUUCAGAGAUAUCGAAAAUGAGUCAAAGCUUAUCAACGAACUUGUUUUAUCAGCGAAAUGUGGAAACUUUCAAAAGGUUUGGGAGAUGAUUGGCGAACCAAAUAACCCGAAGAAAGCUCAUUUGUUGAACUGUAUUCCUGAGAGUUUUCGAUGGGGAGUGUUACAUCAAGCAGUCUUCUGGAACGAUGCAAAUAUUUUGAAAAAAAUACUCCGAUUUAAAGCUUGUGUUUCUGAUAUGCGCGCGAAAAGAUGCACGUCUGAAUGCGGCGACACGAGUGAAAUGUGCGCACUCGAAAUAGCAAGAGCCUACAAGUACCCAGAUAUGGAUAGGAUAAUUUCAGCACAUAGCAAUGAUAUAUUGGGACAAAGACUGCCUACAUACCAGAAGCAACUCUAUCUAGGGUUGCUCAGCAACACAAUUGCUGCAUACAAGUCUACUUUUCAUCCAGAGUACAUCAGUCCGAACAAAACGGGUCUAGAAAUUUUAAAUGAUAUUUGGAAAGACAUAUCUAGCAACAACACGAGAUUUGAAGAGGUCAAAAUGCAAGUUUGUGAUGCUAUGCAUAUUGUAUCAACCGCAAAUGCUAAUAUGAUUAAGGGUACAACCACGAAAGAAGAUUUCUACAAGAUGAUUGUGAAGGCGUACACAAUUGAGACGAAUUACCUUUACAAUUACAUCAGCAUGGCAAUGCGAAGACAAACGAGUACAAAUUACAUGCCAACUGGAGAUGAUUUAGCUCUCGGACCAUACGCUGUCAUGUACCAAAUGCUUUUGCUGUUCUGGGACAAAAUUUCCCCCGAAAGCGGCACAACCUACCGUCAGAUGAAAAUGGUAAAAGAGGACGUAGAAAUGUAUAAAGAAGGAACAGAAUUCUAUUGGCAGUCUGUUGUUUCCUCCACAAAAGAUGAAGUGAAUGCCCAGAGCUUUUCGACAGCCGAAGCUGCGCCUGGGGACACCAUUGUUUUGUUUAUUAUAGACAACAGCGCAAAAUGUGAUUGGCAACCGAAAAAUAUUGAGAAGUAUGCCUCGCAUAACGAGAAUGAAAGAACGUACCCGGCUGGGGCAAAGUUUCGAGUCACAAGCUCAGCUAAAUUAUGCCAGGAAAACUUCCAAGUCAAACUAACCCUACUUGCACAAUAGAAAAAUGUGCCAUAACUGAACUGUUUGAGAUGUCGACCUUCAGUGCAAUUUAAACAUACGUGUAUUUAAGCUUUUAUGUUUUUAGCUCGUCUGGGCAAUGUUCAGGAGAGUUUUUGUGAUCGCUCGAUGUCUGUCGUCCGUCGUCUGUUUACACUUAGAUUGUGUAUGCAAUAGAUGCUGCAUUUUUUACUUGAUCUUCAUGAAAUUUGAUCAGAAUGAUUGCCUGGAUAAAAUCUAGACCAAAUUUGAAUAUUGGUCCUCUGGGGUCAAAAACAAAGGUCACUAGGACAAAUCAAAGAAAAACUGUGUGUAUGCAAUAGGGGCUGCAUGUUACACAGGAUCUUCAUGAAAUUUGAUCAGAAUGUUUUAUCUUUAUGAAAUCUAGAUAAAGUUUGAAUAUGGGAUUAAAAACCAGGUCACCCAGUCAAAAAAAAUAAAAAAGCUUGUGUAUGCAAUAGGGGCUGCAUUUUUCACUGGAUCUUCAUGAAAUAUGAUCACAAUAUUUGUCUUGAUGAAAUCUAGGUCAAGUUUGAAUAUAGGCUAUCUGGGGUAAAAAUCUAGGUCACCUGGUCGAAUCAAAGAAAAACCUUUUGUAUGCAAUAGGACUGCAUUUUUCACUGAAUAUUCGUGAAAUUUGAUCAGAAUGUUUGUCUUGAUUAAGUACAAAUAUGAGUUAUCUGCGGUCAAAAACUAGGUCAUCCGGUCAAAUCAAAGCAAAACUGUGUGUGUGCGCAAUAGGGGCUGCAUUUGGAUAUUCGUGAAAUUUGAUCAGAAUAAUCUUCUUGAUGAAAUCUAGGUAAAGUUUGAAUAUGGGUUAUUUGUCGUCAAAAACUAGGUCACUGGUCAAAUCAAAGUAAAACAUUGUGUAUGCAAUAGGGGCUGCAUUUAUCACUGGAUAUUCGUGGCCUUUGAUCUGAUUGUUUGUCUUAAUCAAACCUAGGUUAAGAUUGAAAGUAGGUAAUCUGAGGUCAAAAACUAGUUCACUAUGUCAAAACAAGGAAAAACUAGGUGUGUGCAAUAGGGGCAACAUUUCUCACUGGAUAUUCAUGAAAUUUAAUCAAGAUAAUUGCCACGAUAAAGUCUAGGUGAACUUUGAUUAUGGGUCAACUUGGGUCAAAAACUAGGUCACUAGGUCAAGUUAAAGUAAAACCUUGUGUAUGCAAUUGGGGCUGCAUUUUACACCAGCUAUUCAUAAAAUUUGAUCAGAUUAUUUGUUUUCUUGAAAAUACAGCACAUAAAUUUGGACUACGUGUAUAACUUUAGAUACAAAUUUCAAUACACAUCUUUAAUAUUCUUAACCCUGACCUACUGACCUACUUUCUUGUUUUUGAAGUGACAGGAAAGAGAUUUGGACCACUUGUAUAAUUUUUAAUACAAAUUUCAAUACUCAUCUUUAAUAUUCUUAACCCUGACUUACUGACCUAUUUUCUUGUUUUUGAAGCUACAGCAAAAAGAUUUCGACCACUAGUAUUCUUUUAUACAGAUUUCAGCACGUGUCUUGAAUUAUCUUUACCGUGACCUAAUCACCUACUUUUUUGUUUUUGAAGCUUUAGCAGUCACAUGUAUAAUUUUUCAUACAGAUUUCAAUAAUUAUCUCGAAUAAUCUGGUUAGAACUACACCAAACUUGGUUAGUAGUAUUCUGACAUGGAUCUCUAUCAAUUUUGUCCAAAUGGUUUACACAUUAAUUUUCAUUUAUUCGCAACUUUUAACUGUUCAAGCAAGCAACUAAACUCAGGUUAGCGAUGUAGAGCCACCAUGGCCCUCUUGUUUUUAUUUUAGUCGCGUGGUUAUUGUAAUUUGGCAUUAUAACUCUACAUAAUUUAUCUCGUUUCUUUACAUCUAUAAGAACAUUAUGUUUAUUGUUAGCUUAGCUUGAAGCAGUCUGUUGUUAACGGUUGUGCUACUUGUAUAUAUAUUAUUAUAUUUGUUCCUACAAUGUACUAUAUUAAAAGAAACAAAUGUGAACAAAGUCGUAUUUAGUAGGACACCCUUCAUAAAUGUAACGUCCUGGUUGAGGUGACCCGGUUCCCUAGUAGACACACAAUUACGAAAAUAUUCCGAUAUGUCAUUAUGCGUCCACUUUAAUAGUAGAAAGCAAGUAUAAUUACAUAAUUACUGGGGUUGGUGGUAUUUGGGCUUUUUGUUCUUUGUCGUAAAAGGAUUAUAAAAAGAUUAUAGCCUCUCAUUACGGUGUUCCGUUACGUUCAUCCCCUCCUCUAUGACAUUGGCCGUGUUCGAAGCGCAAAAUCACGAUAAGCAAAGUGCAAAGUUAUUUCGUAGUUUUGUUCAAAGUUCCAUUAGAGUCAUCGCAACCUCUCUGAUAUUGGCCAUGCGCCAAGCGUGAUAUAUCGAUAGCAAAGUGCGAGAUCACGAUGGUAAAGCAAGAGAUCACUUUAUCGAAGCGCGAAAUAAUUUCGCAGUUUCGCAAAGUGCUUUAUUAGGGCCAUCGCUCCUCUCUGAUAGUGGCCAUACUACGACGAUCAAGCGCGAGAUCACUAUUGAGAAGUAUGAGAUAACUAUGGCGAAGUGCGAUAUAAGUCUGCAGCUCUGCCAUGAUAAUUGCGCGUUUUACCUUCGUAGUUACGCACUUUACGCUUAAAGGCCUAGAUUCACUACUAUAUAAGUGUCCCCCCCCCCACAAAUCCAAUAUGCAACUCCCAUCUUAUCUGCGGCUUAUCAGCGAUUAUGUAAUAGCAACUGAUUAGAGGGCAAUGAGCACAGCAGGGACCCCAACUAGACCAUGAAGAUGUGUGCAGUCGAGUUGAAAGAAAUUAAUUUUUCUUCAGUAAAUGUGGAAUGAUAAUAAUAAUAAUAAUUAUUAUUUUGAUAUUAUGUAGAUGAUAAUAACUAUUAUUUUAAUGUUAUAAUAAUGAUAAUAAUAGAAGUAAUCAUAAUCAUAAUUAUUAUUCUCAUUAUUAUUAUUGUCAUUAUUAUUACUAUUAUCAUAUGUAUAUUGUUAUUAUUAUUAUUAUUU